AUGAACGUUGAAGUAAGUUUAAAAGAUGCUACUGAGAGAUGUCACAUUUGUAAUAGAAAAUUUUUGGAGAAGGAACGAAUUGUAAGAGACCAUUGUCAUUUGACUGGCAAUUUUAGAGGUUUUGCACACAAUGGGUGCAAUUUAAAUUAUAAAAAAUCAUUUGUGGUUCCAAUAGCCUUCCACAAUAUGAGUGGUUACGACUCGCAUUUCAUAAUAAAGGAUUUAGCGAAAAUGUACUACAUUUCCAUUUUACCAGUCAACAAAGAAAAAUAUAUUAGUUUCACAGUUUACCAUAAAAAGACAAAUAUUAGAUUCCGGUUCAUUGAUACUUUUAGAUUUAUGGGGAGUUCAUUAGAUAGCUUAGUUUCAACUUUGAAGCCAGAAAAUUUUGGAAUUUUAAGAAAACAAUUUCCAAAUUUAGAUGAUGAAACGUUCAAGUUGUUAACUAAAAAAGGAGUAUUCUUUUAUGAUUAUUUAGAUAAAAUUGAACGGUUGGAUGAAACAAAGUUGCCAAAUAAAGAAAAAUUCUACAAUAAACUGAACGAUGAGCAUAUAUCAGAUUCAAAUUAUGCUCACGCUAAAUUAGUGUGGGAGAAAUUUAACAUGAAGACUCUUUGGGAUUACAGUAAUUUAUACAUGAAGACAGAUAUACUUCUUUUGGCUGUAGUUUUCGAAACUUUUCGAGACACAUGCUUCAAGACAUAUGGAUUAGAUCCAGGACACUACUAUACCAUCCCAGGUUUUACAUGGGAUGCAAUGCUCAAGUAUACAGGAUGUCACUUGGAAACUAUACAAGAUGUUGAUAUGCUUUUAUUCUAUGAACGAGGUAUACGUGGAGGUAUAUCACAGUGUUGUAACCGGAUGGGGGAGGCUAACAACAAAUACAUGAUGAAUUACGAUCCAUCUAAACCUUCUAAAUAUCUCAUGUACCUUGAUGUUAACAAUCUAUAUGGUUGGGCGAUGAGUGAACCUCUCCCUUAUGGAGGUUUCCAUUGGGAUGAUACAAAUAUCGAUGUUAUGUCAAUACCUGACGAUGCAAAAGAGGGAUACAUUCUUGAAGUUGAUCUCUCUUAUCCAGAAAACUUACAUGACUACCAUAAAGAUUUACCGUUUUGUGUAGAGCAUUGCAAACCUCCUGGUUCCAAACAAUCUAAACUCUUGUCCACUCUGUACAAUAAAACUAACUAUGUUAUUCACUACAGGAACCUAAAACAGGCUAUAUCACAUGGAUUAGUUCUUACUAAAAUUCAUAAGGUAUUGAGAUUCAAGCAAAUGACUUGGUUAAAAGGUUACAUUGCUCUUAAUACACAAUUGAGGGCUCAAGCUAAAACAAGCUUUGAGAAAAACUUAUACAAGCUCAUGAACAACGCUGUAUUCGGGAAGACCAUGGAGAACCAAAGGAAGCAUAGGCUGGUGAAACUAGUAAAUAAAUGGGAGGGACGCGUAGGUGCUCGAAAUUUGAUUGCUAGCCCGAAGUUUCAUAGUCGCGUUAUUUUCGAUCAAUCAUUAAUGGCAGUAGAAUUAAAGAAAGCUGAAAUUAUUUUUAAUUAA